UGAAAGCCUGAUUUCGAUUGGUUAUUUCAAUCACUUCCGCAUACCUUCUACGAAUUAAAUUGACUGUAAGGGAACUCCCGGCGAAAUAUUGAACCAUGGCGUUGAUGUUGCUUCAGACGCUUUUGCUUUUUGUUUUGCUGUCUUCUAAUUUAGUUUCAGCUGAAGAUGAAAGCAAGGACGAAACUACAACAGGGACACAACAAGAACGGAAAUUAGAGAAAAGUCAAGAAUCUUUAAGGGCAUUUACAGAUGAAGAAAUUGCUAUGUAUGACGGAACCAAUCCUGAUUUACCAAUAUAUCUUGCUGUAAAAGGAACGGUAUUCGAUGUGACUUCAGGAAAAGAUUUCUAUGGUAAAGAUGCCCCUUAUAAUGCAUUAGUUGGUAAAGACUCUACCAGAGCUGUGGCAAAGAUGUCUCUAGCACCUGAAGACCUGACCUAUGACGUGACAGGAUUAACAGACAGAGAAAUGGACGAUCUCCAAAGAGUAUACACAGAAACAUACCAGAAAAAAUAUCCAGUUGUGGGAUAUAUGAAAUUUGAUGGUGGAUUAGGGAAACUUACAUUUUAA